AAAUUCUAAUCCGCGAACAAGCGGAUUUCCUAGAACAUGGCGGAACUGGUUGACUGCACUGUCUCAUGGAUCUCUCCGUGGCACUGGUGGUGAUGCCAUUUGUUAUCGUCACCGACCUGACGGGAGGCAUCUGGCUGUUUGGAGAGGUUUUCUGCAACAUCUUCAUCUGUAUGGACGUUAUGUGCUGCACAGCAUCAAUCAUGACAUUAUGUGUCAUCAGCGUUGACAGGUACCUGGGCAUCACGCGGCCCCUCACCUACCCGGCACGCCAGAGCGGCCCGCUGAUGGCCAAGAUGAUCGCGGGAGUGUGGCUGGCCUCGGCCUCCAUCACGCUGCCGCCCUUCUGCGGCUGGGCGCGCAACAUCAACGCGGCGGGCGUGUGCCUGAUCAGCCAGGACGUGGGCUACACGCUCUACUCCACGGCCGUGGCCUUCUACAUCCCCAUGGCCGUCAUGCUCAUCAUGUACUACAAGAUCUUCAGGGCCGCCCGCAAGAGCGGCGCCAAGCACCGGCUGACCACCCUGCCACCGCGCCCAGCAUGGCGAGAGCCAGCUCCGCCACUGCCACCGCCAUCACCAUCACCAUCACCACCAGAUGGCGCUGUGGUGGGGAUGGCAACAGCGGUGAUGGCGUCGGGCGAAGGCGUCGGGCUACAGGGAUUACGAUGCGCCACCACCACCACAGGACCCCGGCCACCGUCUUCAGCACCAGCAGCAGCAGCAGUAUCAGCAGCAGCUGUGGACAACACGUGGACUGCUGGGGGCCUGUCGUGUCUCCUGCACCACCACCACCACCACCAUGGGCGUCGUAGCAACAGCUCGGUGUUCCGGCGCGAGCAGAAGGCGGCCACCACGCUGGGCGUGAUCGUGGGCGUGUUCUCCGUCUGCUGGCUGCCGUUCUUCGUGCUGACCACCGUGCGUCCGUUUGUGUGCAGCAGCGGCGAGCCUUCUUGCAGCUGCGGGCCCGUGUGGCUGGAGCGCACGCUGGUCUGGCUGGGCUACGCCAACUCCCUCAUGAACCCCUUCAUCUACGCCUUCUUCAACCGGGACCUGCGUUCCACCUACUGGGACCUGCUGCGCUGCCGCUACCGCAACAUCAACCGCCGCCUCUCGGCCAUGGGGGUGCAUGAAGCGCUGAGGGUGUGA